AUGGCCAGGACGAAGAAACCCAGCGCCGAAGACGCCGGCGAGCUCAUGGUCUCGGUCGAGGUCUACACGCGCACCAGAGAUUCUGUAAGUUUGCUGCCCGACUCUCUCUUCGCAACGCGCGUCUGCCCUGCUGGUGCGCUGUUGUUCGUAGCUCUCUGCGACGACAUGCACCUUGCGACGCGCCCUUUCUCUUCACUGCCACCUCUUGUGCGCUCAUGUCGCGUAUCGUCUGCGUCGCCUGCUCCACGCGACUCCAUCGCCACGUCUGCGCAAGAGCAAUUCUGCGCGUUGCAGUUCAGAUGGAGCUCCAGCACCGCCCAUGACGCGCAAACACGCGCCGCCACCCACCAUUGCCUCUCAAGACACUGCUAAGACACGCCCCCACCAACAGGUCAUCGUCUCGCUCACUAACCUCCAAGCCGGCCUCACCCACGUUCAGAAUGGCCUCAACGACCUCCUGCGCGCCUACAUGGAGCACACCACCUCCGUCAUUGCCGGCGAAGACGGCGCCCUCGACAAGCUCCAGCUGCCCCCUAACAUCACGGCUACCGCCAACGCCGCCAUUGAGGCUGCCUCGUCCACUGCCAACGGCAUCGUACAAGCCAUGACUGCAGGUGACAAGGCCGAAUCCGCCGCGGAAACCGGCAAGCCUGCCAAGGGCAUCAAGCGCAAGCGCGAGAAGAAAGAAAAGGACCCCAAUGCCCCCAAGAAGCCGUUGACGGCUGCCUUCUUGUAUGCCCAGUCGGCGCGACCCAUUGUCAGGGGCGACCUGGAGGCUGCUCUCGGCCCUGAGCAGAAGCUCGAGCCCAAUGCUGUCAACCUCGAGGUGAACAAGCGCUGGAACGAGAUGCCUGAGGAGGACAAAGAGACCUGGAGGCAAUCUUACCGCGAUUCCAUGGAGCAGUGGAAGGAGGAGAUGGCUGCCUACACCGCCAAGAAUGCCAGUGCGGCUAUCGACCUCCACGACGACGACGAGGCUUCCGAGGCCGAUGCCGAGAUUGAGUUGGAAGCCGCUGCUGACUCUGAUGCCUCCUCUGAGGAUGAGGAGCCUGCCCCUGCCAAAGCCCCAUCCCCGCCUGUCAAGACUCCCCGCGCCAACAAGCGCCAGAAGACUGUCCAGAACUCCACUGUCAACGGCGCCUCUGCUCCCAUCGUUGCCGCUGCCUCCCCUAUUCCUCUUCCUCGUUCGGCCUCUGCCGCAGCGCCUCCUGUCCCGGUUGCGGAGACCCCUGCUAAGAAGGAGAGGAAGAAGAAGGAGAAGCCCGCUCCCCAGCCCAUCGCCCCUGCCCCAGCUAAAGAGACCAGCCCUGAGGAGGGAAGCAAGAAGAAGACCAAGAGUGGCCGCAGCACACGGAACAACGAGGUCGAGCUCACCGUUCAAGACAAGGAGAAUGUUGCUGCACCAGAGAAGGAGAAGAAGAAGCGUGAGAGGAAACGCAAGGGUGAGGUCGCUGCCGCUUAA